GGAUUUAUGAAUUAAAUAAAUAUGGAUAAAACUACAACUAUCAGGUUAGUAUGAAUACUUCGAUUUUAUUGUUUAUUUUCAUUCAAUAAUAAAACACUGUCUUGAGCAGUAAUAAAAAUAGUGAAAAUCAUGUGUUUCGAUCAUUAUUUUUCAGAUCAAAAAAGCUGCCGUUUUCUUCUUCCGAAAGAGAGCUGCUGAUUGUAGAACGGCCUAUUAUUGAAGACAAGCAUACCUAUUAUUAUCCUCUCUAAAAUAUCGAGUUGAAUAAGCAGGCCUGGGAAAAUCUAACAGUGACUUACAAUUCUCAACCAUAUUUAUGUUUCACAAAGGCUCACACAUCAACUGAAAACCUGCUGGAAUAAUUUAAAGACCCAAAGAAAGAAAGAACUUUCUCAGGAAUCAAUCAAACGUUCUCAAUACCCACUAGUAUCAAGAAAUUAAGAUUAGUAGUAGCAAGAAUGAAGAUUAAGACAGAAACAAGAAUCAAACGCACCACAUUGAAUAAUAUACAACAAGACCAGGCUUCAGGUUGCGUCAACUCGGCGGGCCUGUCGGGCAACCCGUAACCCCCCAACGGAGGGGGGCCGGGGGCCCCGGCUACGGAAGUCGGGGCCAAGACAAGGAAAAGUCUUUAAAACCCUCAAACGCCAAGGUCUGGGGGGGGCCGAGGAGCAGUGUCGGGUAUUAUUAGCUCGACACGGUCGGUGGAGUAUCACCGGCCGUUACCCCUACCGGGAGUGAGGGGGGGCAGCUGCGCCCGCAAGCAGUUUGAAAAAAAUGAAUAGUGUCAAAACGGAUAAAACUACCCGGGCGGGUCCCAGCCAUGCUGGGGAAUCCCGUGGCCGCUCACAAGGCGGUCGGCCCUGUGUAUACGGGGGGGGCAACACUAUUCCGCGGUCUCGACCGCGCCACGACGACAAAUGCAAACCCACAACGGACUCGAAUUCGCUCUACGAUACGGAACAUGACGAACAGGAGGUGGAGGCCUGUGCCCCGAAGGUACACGCCGAAACCAGCGACCACAGCAAGAAUAUGACGGACUCUGAACUGGGGUCGGAGGCUUCUGCAACCUCUGCGUUGCCGGAUAAGAAGGUUCGACCCAAACCAACACGCAAGCGCCGGAAAGAGAUUGCCUCUCUGCAUGAGAACUCUUCUCUUUCGGAGGAGGAAGUGGCCCCAGCGCCUAAAUUCAGCACUGCCCGCCGCGGUAAGAAGGCCGGCAGUGGCCAGCGGGCGGACUAUUAUAGGAGAGUGGAGGAGCUGGAGGAGCUCGACUUUAAUGCCGACCUCGAUAGGAGGGCCAAGGCUAGUCUGGUCCGCCGAGAAAGGAGUCGGGCGGGUUCAAUCCCGCCGAACCUUGAAGAUCCCAAGUCCAAGGUGGACUAUGAGAGGCUGGACCUGGAGCAGCUGAGGGCUCGCGGGGGACUGUUCGUCUCCGAGAUCGCCCGCGUCUCUCAGGCAUCCGGACGUUUACAGGGUCCUCUGAAAGGAGCCCUCAACAGGUCAGCGGAUAACCUCGCCGGCAUCCUCGACCAGCUGGCAGCCCGCUCCGAGACGGAGGAAAACCGCGGGCUGAGGAUCGACAACGCCAACUUGAGGCGAGAAAUGGAGUCUCCAUGUGGAGAUCCGCGCCCUUAAGCGCGAGAUGGCGGAGCUGACUGCCAAUGUCGGCAAAAGGAAUGUGAUGCCCCCGCCGGCGGUCCCGUCAACUCACGAGGACUACAUGGAGGCCCAGACCCACGAGGACGAGAUGGAGGCCCAGGCUCCCGCGAGAGACCCCCUCCCCCAGGGCGCAUUAUGCGCCCAAUCUAUAG